UCGAAAGUACGAUUUGUUUUGUAUGACUGCGUGGUAUGUGAAUAUAUCUCAAUAAAAUGAAGAUUAAAAAAAUGCUGUUGCCUAGGCCCCACUACAAACAAUUUAAGUCCAAGUCUCUGGGGAAUAGGGAUUGAGCAUUGUCAUCUUUUUAAAAUUUCCCAGUGUGUAGCUAGGGCUGAAGACUUCUGAGUCUCUUGAGCUUCCCAUUUGCUACAACAAAUAGUGUUGUACCACAAGGAUUCAGGGUCCUGCAUUGAGCUCCCCAGUAUAAUAAAGUAACAGGAAUGUCAAAGUUAAGUCAUCCAACUUUUAAGCUUAUAUAUUAGAAGAGUUUUCUCUAAACUGUCCGCUUUCUCAACCUAAAGCAAAAGUCCCAAGAUUUAGGCUCAGGUAUAAUAUAUGUUGACAAGAUGCUUCUUUUCUCUCCUUCGCAGUUAUGCUUUCUCCGAAUGCUGUACUUUUCCAGGAAGGGAACAUGGAAGACAAAGAAAUGGAUGAUGGAUCACAGAUAGUCAAGUCCCAGGAAUCAGUGACCUUCCAGGACGUGGCCGUAAACUUCACCAGAGAGGAGUGGGACCAGCUGUACCCUGCUCAGAAGAAUCUAUACAGAGAUGUGAUGCUGGAGAACUACAGUAAUCUGGUCGCAUUGGGGCAUCAACUUUAUAAGCCAGAGGUGAUCACUCAACUGGAAGAAGAGGAACAGUGGAUGAUGGAAAGCGGAAGCCCACUAGACACACGUCCAGAUGGGGAGGAUAGACCUGAAAUGAAAAAGUCAACACCAAACCAGAAUAUUUCUGAUGAAAAUCAAACCCAUGACAUGAUAAUGGAGAGACUAACAGGAGAUAGUUUCUGGUUCUCCAUCUUAGGAGGACUCUGGGAUUUUGAUUACCAGUUAGAGUUGAACCAAGAAAACCAGCAGAGACAUUUGGGACAAAUAUCUUUCACCCACAAAAUAAUCACUCAGGAGAGAAAUCUUGAAUGUAAUAAAUUUGGGGAAGACUUUAACCUGAACUCAAACCUUAUUUCUCAUCAGAGAAUUCCUCCAAUGAAAAUACCCCUUAUUUCUGACAUACAAGGAAAUGGCAUCAAAUGUAGUUCAGACUUGAUUUACUAUCAAGGAAACUAUAUAAGAGAGAAUCCUUAUGACUAUAAUGAAUGUGGAAACAUCUUCAGUCAACAUAUUCUUCUUACUAAUCAUAUUCAUAUGAGAGAAAAAUCUAGUGUAUGUGAGAACGCCUUCAGCCACAACUCAUUUCUUGCUCAACCUCAAAUAGUCCUUACAGGAGAGAAGCCCUAUAAGUGUGAUGAAUGUGGGAAAAGAUUCAGCCAGAGGAUACAUCUUAUUCAACAUCAAAGAAUUCACACAGGUGAAAAACCCUUUAUAUGCAAGGAAUGUGGGAAAGCCUUCCGUCAGCAUUCAUCCUUUACUCAACAUCUGAGAAUUCAUACUGGAGAGAAACCCUAUAAAUGUAAUCAAUGUGGUAAAGCCUUUAGCCGUAUCACAUCCCUUACUGAACAUCAUAGACUUCAUACUGGAGAGAAGCCUUAUGAAUGUAGUUUUUGUGGAAAAGCCUUCAGCCAGAGGACACAUCUCAAUCAACAUGAGAGAACUCAUACGGGAGAGAAACCCUAUAAAUGUCCUGAAUGUGGGAAAGCCUUCAGCCAGAGUGCACACCUUAAUCAACAUAGGAAAAUCCAUAUUCGGGAGAAAUUAUGUGAAUAUAAUAAAUGUGAGAAAGUCUUAAGUCACAGUCCUUCACUUAUUCAACAGCACAUAAUUCAUGGGGAGAAAAUCAUAUGAACAUAUUAAAUGUAGAAAGCUUUUGGUCAGUCCUUUUCAUCCCAUUCAAUAUCAAAUUACUAGAAUGCCUACAAAUAAACUUCUAAUGCAUAGAAACCAAAUAAACUUAGACCUUAAACUAGUAGCAUAUUAUAGUCCCAGGAAGUUAUAAAUACUGAAAAUAACUUAUUUUAUAAACAAGAUUAUAUUAGCAGUCAUGCUCCAAAUCUGAUACAAAGCUUUUUAAAGAAAUUACCAGAAAUCCUAUAACCAAUAAUCUAAUUAUUCACUUGUAAGCUUUAUGGUAUAAAGUUUUUAAAUAACAUAAAUAUUGGUUAAUCAAAGCAAUGCUAUAGGGUAACCAGUCACAUAAACUUGAAACAAACAUGAAAGAGCAGUCUUUCUCCAACUUCAGUCAUUUGUAUGCCUCCUUUACAAUUUUUACCAUAUCUAUUAUGUACUUAAUAUUUUUCUUUAAAGGGAC